UGGAAGCGCGGAGUUCAGGGGUCCUAGCAUGCGAAAAAAGGCCACAACUGGAAAUGCCACAUCAGACUAUCUGUCCUUUUAGAGGGACAGGUGUCGUACGUUUAUAGGUAGAUGGAAAACUCUAUCGUGUCUUAAUUUAUUAGAGACAAACCUUCGCCAUCGAUCGCCGACGAUGUGGAUGGUAUUAGAUGGACGGCUCUGAUUUAUAUUUUCACCUGAGAAGGCUUUUUUUUAUCCUUAUUUUUUCUCCAUUUUAUUUUCAACGGACCACUGUGCUCUCGUCACUCGGUCUUGCGCUUCUUUCAACUUCUCUCUCUCUCUCUCUCUGUUUCUCUCAGUGUGGAAGCUGGGGUUUCAUGAAGAAAACAAGAAAUGCAAGUUGUUAUGAAAUUGAGCUGUUUUUGAAAAGGAAUUGAUUCAUUGAGGAGUUGUGGAUGUGUUUUUUGAGAUUUGCUCUAGAUUUCUCACAAGUAGAUUAUUAUGGACCCCCGCUUAAGAGGUUUUUCGAGUUCAUUGAAUGGAACCCAACUGGGAAAUCGACCUUUAUCUGUUCUGUCCAAUCAGAGCCGUGUUUCUGGACAAAGAUUUGAUAAUACUUUUAUAGAUCAUAAUUUUAUGGAGUUCCCUUACCUUCCACCUGAUCCAAAGUCAAGUAAAGUAACCCCAAAUUCUAAUGCGGUUCAUGAAGAGGAUUCCCCAGAAGAUUGUGACUUUUCUGAUGCAGUUUUGAGAUACGUAAGCCAGAUGCUUAUGGAAGAAGAUAUGGAGGAUAAGACUUGUAUGCUUCAAGAUUCCUUAGAUCUUCAAGCCGCUGAGAAAUCAUUUUAUGAGGUUCUAGGCAAGAAGUACCCUCCUUCACCAGAGCCAAACCACGCUUCUACCUGUCAAAAUAGUGAGAACCCAUAUUACAGUUUCACCAGUAACUGCAGUGAUGAUAACCAUGGUGGUAGUUAUUUAGAUGAUAACACGUGUAUUCAGAAUUUGAGAUAUUACGAUUCCUUUCAACAACAAACUCUUCGUGUUUCUAGUAUGUCGCAAUCAUCAUAUAGCUCUUCCAAUAGUGUAAUCACUAGCAUGGAUGGGCUGGUGGACUCUCCAAGCAGUAGUUUUCAAAUCUCUGAUUGGAAGAAUGAGAGUCAAUCUAUUUCACAGUUUAUGAAGGGGGUUGAAGAGGCUAGCAAAUUUCUUCCCAAUGGUGAUGUCUUUUUUCGUAAUAUUGAGGUCAACAGGUUCUUAUCUAGGGAGCCAAAGGCAAGGAUUAGUGAGGUUACAAUCAAGGAAGAGAGAAAGGAUGAAGAAGAGUACUCACUUAGCGGGCCAAGAGGAAGGAAGAACCUUCACAGGCAAGAUGGAGAUAUAGAAGAAGAGAGGAGUAGCAAGCAACCAGCUGUUUAUGCUGAAUCUGACAUGGAACCACACGUGUUUGAUAGAUUGUUACUUUAUAGUGCUGGGGAAGGCUGGGAAGAUCUCAAGGAUCUUUGUGAGGCAUUCAAGAAUGCAGCAAUAAAAAAUGACCAGAAUCAGAAUGUGCAAUCAAAGGGAUCCAGUGGCAGAAAGGGUCAACGCAAGAAACUCAAUGGGAGAAAGAAUGUGGUGGAUUUGAGAACCCUUUUGAUUAAUUGUGCACAAGCUGUGGCAGCUGAUGAUUGUAGGAGGGCAAAUGAAUUGCUAAAGCAGGUUAGGCAGCAUUCAUCUCCUUUUGGGGAUGGGAAUCAGAGAUUGGCUCAUUGCUUUGCUAAUGGUCUUGAGUCACGCUUGGCAGGUACUGGCAGCCAGAUUUACAAAGGCCUUGUUAGCAAGAGAACAUCUGCUACCAAUAUCUUGAAAGCGUACCAUCUCUAUCUUGCUGCAUGCCCUUUCUUAAAGCUCUCUAAUUUUGCUUCUAACAAGACAAUAAUGAAUCUCUCAGCAAAUUCAAUGAGGCUUCAUAUCAUAGAUUUCGGUAUCCUUUAUGGUUUCCAGUGGCCCACCCUUAUUCAGCGGCUUUCCUGGAGACCAGGUGGUCCUCCAAAUGUUCGCAUUACUGGAAUAGAUUUUCCCCAACCUGGUUUUCGGCCAGCAGAGCGAGUUGAGGAAACAGGGCGUCGCUUAGCGACUUAUGCUAAGAAGUUCAACGUGCCAUUUGAGUACAGUGCCAUAGCAAAAAAAUGGGAAACCAUAAAACUUGAGGAACUCAAGAUUGACAGGGAAGAAGUCAUUGUUGUUACCUGUUUUUAUCGGGCUAGGAACUUGCUUGAUGAAACAGUAGCAGUGGACAGUCAAAAAGACAUUGUUCUUCAAUUAGUAAGGAAGAUUAAUCCUGAUAUUUUCAUCCAUGCAAUUACCAAUGGGGCCUACAGUGCCCCGUUCUUUGUUACGCGGUUUAGAGAGGCUCUUUUUCACUUCUCUUCAUUGUUUGAUAUGCUUGACACUAUUGUGCCCCGUGAGCAUCAGGAAAGGAUGCUGAUUGAGAAAGAGAUCAUUGGCAGAGAGGCCUUAAAUGUUGUGGCUUGCGAGGGCUGGGAAAGAGUGGAAAGGCCAGAAACUUACAAGCAGUGGCAGGUCCGUACCUUGAGGGCUGGGUUUGUGCAGUUGUCUUUUGAUAGAGAGAUUGUGAAGCGAGCAACUGAUAAAGUGAGGACGCUUUACCACAAAGAUUUCCUAAUUGAUGAGGAUGGCCGGUGGCUAUUGCAAGGAUGGAAGGGACGAAUUAUUUAUACCCUUUCCGUCUGGAGACCAACAUAGGAAUCUUGAACACCUACUUAUCUGUCCUUGUGGUUUUCCUCUCGCCUGUAAGGUGUUCUGAAAUAGACAAUUUAUUGUCUAGGGAGUUGCUGUGAUCCCAUUUUGUCUUUCUAUUUCAAUGCUUAGUGUCGUAUUCAUUAUACAAGUGAUUAUCCACUGACUUGACAGGCAAAUCUAGUAGGGGGUUUUAAUUUUCAACUGGUACAUUGACUGCCAAGAACUGUAAUAGGAAAAUGAAGAUUUAACCAAUUCACUUGUUGAAGAAUUCCAGGAGGGGUGCAUAUUUAUCAGACAUGUUUGUAUUUUCACUGAAGUAUUCAACUAUAAUAAAGAAAUCCGCAACCCUGAAAUUCUGUGA